CUUCCCCCGCAGAGAGAAACUUACCCCCGUGAACGCCGAACGGAAUGGACACCGAGUCGACCCACUCGGGCUACUCCAGCCGCUCGGGGAGGUCAAACCGGCACGGGGAGCGAGGCCGCGAACGUCACAAGGCCGGCGCCGGCAAAGACGGCAGCCGCUCGGAGAAAUCGGUCAUCAUCAACCCCCCGGAGACGUCCUCCCAAGACUCGCCGGUGCACAACGGCGAGCCGCUGCCGGGCGAGCCCUCGCCGGGGGCCGAUCUUGGAGAAGAGGGCCAGGAUGACAACUGGGGGGAGACCACCACCGCGGUGACGGGCACCUCCGAGCUGAGCGUGUCCCAGGAGGAAGUGGUGGGCCUGGGCAAGAGCAUACAGGACCGGACCCGAAGCUUCCGGCGUUAUCUCCCCUUAGCCGCGGGCCUCUGCGGGGGUCUGGUGGUGCUGGCCACCCCGCUGGUCUUCCUGCUCCUGCCCGUGAUCAUGUGGCCCGAAAGACUGCAGCCUUGCGGCGCCGCCUGCGAGGGCCUCUUCCUGUCGCUCUCCUUCAAGCUCCUCAUGCUCCUCACGGCCAUCUGGGCGCUGUUUCUCCGGCCGGCCCGCGCCAGCCUGCCCAGGGUGUGCGCGGGCCGCGCCUUCCUCACCACGCUCACCCUACUGCUCACCAUGUCCUACUGGCUUUUCUACGGCGUCAGGAUCCUCGACGCGCAGGACGAGGACUACCACGGCGUGGUCCAGUUCGCCGUGUCCCUGGUGGACUCGCAACUCUUUGUCCACUACCUGGCGGUGGUGCUGCUGGAGCUGCGCCACUUGCGACCGUGCUACAGCGUGUGCGUCAUCCGCUCCACCGACGGGGAGACGCGUCACUACAACAUCGGACAGCUGAGUAUCCAGAACGCGGCGCUCACCAUCUUGGAGUACUACUACCGAGAUUUCCCGCUCCACAACCCGGCGCUCCUCUCGGCUACCAAGCACCGCGCCUCCAAGCACCUGGCCGGGUUCAAAGUUUACAACGUCGACGCUCCGGGGAGCGCGGCGGGGGCGCCGCCCGCUAACGGGAACCAGUCCCAGGCCGCCAUCGCCGCCGCCGCCAAACGUAAAGACAGCGCCCACAACGAGCUGUACUACGAGGAGGCCGACUACGAGAGACGAGUACGCAAGCGGAAAGCCAGGUUGGUGGUGGCUGUGGAGGAAGCGUUCACGCACGUUCGCCGCAUGAAGAAGGAGGACGAGCGAGCGACGCCGUCGGACAUCAUGGACGUGCGGGAGGCGGCUCUGGCCGUUUUCCCCUCCAUGGCCCGCGCCCUGCAGAAGUACCUCCGCACCACCAGGAGGCAGCAGUGUCACAGCAUGGAGAGCAUCCAGAAGCACUUGGCGUUCUGUCUCGUCAACAACAUGAGCCCCAAGGCCUUCCUGGAGACGUACCUGUCCCCGGGCCCCACCCUGCAGUACGGCCCCGAGCGCUGGAUGGCCGACCAGUGGACGCUGGUGAGCGAAGCGUCGGUGACGAGCGGCGUCAAGGACGGCGCCGACUUUGCGCUCAGGUGUCUCGACUUCAACCUCGCCGUCACCGUCAAGGCCAUCCCGUACAUCCGCGUGCGGGAGGAGUACGUGGACCCCAAAUCGCACAAGUUUGUGCUCCUGCUCCAGUCGGAAACUUCGGUUUAGCGGCUCCUCCGGACCUACACGCCUCUGACAAUUACUGCAUUUACCUUCUCAAAAAAGGCUCUUUUGUUUUUUGGAUUUUUUUUUCUUCCCAUUUUUGCAUAAUUCUGGCAUCCUGUAUGCACUAUUUAAAAAAAAAAAAAAAGACUCACUGUUGUGUUUGCAUGUGGAUGAAGACCGUGGGACUUUUUCGGAUGCAAAAAAAAAAAAGUGAUUUUGUGGGAAAUAUUUGUCAAAAAAAAAAAAGAACUGCUAGUUUUGAAUUAGCCGUUAGUAUACCGUUUGUACAGUAUUUAUACGUGAACGUGCAUUAUUCCCUGCAUAAUUUUGAUAUGGAAACUGCAUUGCUUGAAUUUUAACAGUUUUUUUGUUUUGUUUUUUUUUACUUUGUGCAGACGACGAUUGUGAAUUUGUAUACGACACUGGGAUCGCCGAUGUUUCACAUAUUUCACCGUGUAAUUCAUGUAAUACAUAUAUAUUAUUAUUAUUACAAUGACUUUUAUAUCGUCAAUGUAUGACAGCAUUUUCUCAGCAGCGUGAGACUUCGCAUAAAUAUGAAUAUUCAGUGAUUACAGGGAACAUUUCUAAACUAAAAAAAUAAUUUUUUUUAUUUAUAUAUAUAUAUAUAUAUAUAUAUACACACACAC